AUGUUAGGUGCUGUUGUGGCAGGUUGCCCACAAAAAAGCGUUGAUUACACUCCAACAGCCUGUGCUGAAGAAGAAACAAUCACCAAAGAAGCAUCUGGAAGUUCAGGACUAGUACUGAAAGCUACCACAAUGAAAGCCGGACCCAUUAAUGACGCAGUAAGAGUGCAAAUUCAGAGCGUGGGAGUAGUGAAGAUCUUAGAACUGAACGCCAUUUCAUCCUUCUAUCCAAAGCACAAGCAAAUCGACUACUUGAAAACUGCUCAGCUCCAACUUCUAGACUCGGAAAUCACUCAUAUGUCCAUGUCUGUUGAUACUUGA